CGGUCUCCUCUCCCCUUACUUGACCACUCUGCCUCUGCUGCUCAUUGAGCGCAACAUCUCAUCCAAUCUUUAGGCCGACUCUUGCAAUCAACAAAAAUGUCACAGCAACGCAUGGCCCUCUGGGCGGCCGAAGCCGAUCUCGACGAGGAUAUCCAUGAUGUCGACAUCAGUCUCGCUAUGGGCUCGUCGUACCAGGGUGCAGCUAUCUAUGAAGAAGCCGCACACCAACCCUCGCUCGAUGAGUCGGCUCUCCUCGCCAUGGCACAGCAAGCCGCGUUUGCCCAGAUCCCCGACGUCGUCAAGCGUUUCAUCGUCCACUUCCAUCAAGCCGUCCUCGACAACAACCUCGCAGAGAUCACGGCAGCAUAUGAGAGCGGAUGGAAUCGUCUCACCGAAAAGUACUACGCGAAGACGGAGUGGCCGGAGGCUGAGAUCAUUGCACCACUGGUGAACGAUGACCAGAUCUUCCUCAUCCUCUACCGUGAACUCUACUACCGCCACGUCUACUCACGCCUCCAGCCUAACAUCGACGACCGCUUCCACUCGUACGAGAACAGCUGCGAGCUGUUCAACUAUCUUCUCAACUCCGACGGUCCUGUCGCCCUCGAGCUGCCAGAACAAUGGCUCUGGGACAUCAUCGACGAAUUCAUCUACCAGUUCCAGUCCUUCUGUGCGUACCGCGCGGCAACGCCCACGAAGCUUAAGGCCAAGUCGGACGACGAACUCGUGAUGCUCUCCGAGGGUGGCACGCAAGCUUGGAGCUCCUAUAGCGUACUGAACGUGCUGUAUAGUUUGAUCCAGAAGAGCAGGGUCAACGAGUGGCUGAAGGCAAAGAGGGAGGGGCGGAGUGAUGAGGAGAUCGGAGAGAUUGUCGGUGAUUAUGGUGCCCGUCCGCUCUAUCGGAUGCUCGGAUACUUCAGUAUCAUCGGUCUUCUCCGUGUCCAUGUCCUCCUCGGCGACUUCACCCUUGGGCUCAAGGUGAUGGAGAACGUUGAGCUUACUCAAAAGAGCACGGUCACGCGUGUGACGGCGUGCCAUGUCGCGACGUACUACCACGUUGGUUUCUGCUAUAUCAUGCUCCGGAGGUACCCAGAUGCGAUCCGGACGUUCGUGCAAAUUCUCAACUUCGUGCUGCGUAUGCGCCAGUACCACACGAGGAGUUAUCAGUAUGACCAGAUCAACAAAACGGCCGACAGGAUGUAUGCGCUCUUUGCAAUCUGUCACGCGCUCUCGCCAAGUCGACUGGACGACAACAUUCUGAACAUUGUAAGGGAGAAGUACGGCGAACAAGUUACUAAAAUGUCUAAAGGCGAGGAAGGCAUCCCCGCGUUUGAGGAGCUCUUCCUGUACGCCUGCCCCAAGUUCAUCUCUGCCAACCCGCCGCCGUAUGACGACCCAGAUGCGCUCGCGGCGCUCAUCGAGGACCCGCCGACGGAGCCCGCGCAGCGGCACCUCACGCUCUUCCUGUCGGAUGUCAGGGCACACGUGCCCGUGCCGACACUGCGCAGCUUCCUGAAGCUGUACACGAGCCUGGAUGCGGCGAAGCUCGCCAACUUCCUCGAUGCGGACGAAGAGGAGAUGGUGCAGCAGAUGAUGGUCCUCAAGCAGGCGAGCCGGAGCGUUGCGCGCGCUGCGCUCGGUGGUGGAGGUGCGUCGGAGGGCACGGAAGGCUCGUCGAGCCUCAGUUUGCUGGAGGGCGGGUAUAUCAAUACGAGCGAUUUGAGCUUUGCGAUUGAUGAUAACAUGGUGCACAUCGCUGAGUCGACGGUCGGUCGGCGGUACGCGGGCUGGUUCAUCCGGAACACGGAGCACGCGCAGCGUGUGCUCGAUGGACUCCGUGCGAGCCCCCUGCCCGGCACGCCGCAGCAGCUCCAGGCAGCCGCGGCUGCUGCUGCUGCUGUCAAGGGAGGCAAGCCGCAGGAUGCGCAGGCUCAGGAUGGGGCUGCUCCUGCUACUGGCGGGAAGAAGGUUGCGUGGGGAGGGGCGAAGGUUGCUGCCUGAUUGUGAGGCGAGACGAGUGGUUCAGAGUGGUUCAUUUGCUUGUGAUGUCACUUGGUGUAGAUCGUAGUGGUUUGUUGUAUUCUUCAGAAACGAUCGGGUUUUUUCCAUUGCAUUAAGUCCUAGCCCAUCUGACGACAAAUGAUUGGUUAUCAAAUUACGACCCCUCGUUGAAUGACGAUGGUGACUGGACUGCCUGAAUUAAUGCGUUAGGUGCUUCUAUAUAUGCUGUAAUGCUUUAACUAAUGACGCAAGCAAUGUACCUUCCUACCCAUGGUACUCCACAUAUUGGUCUCCUGCUUGGACUGGGAGACUAGCGUAUCCACUUCGUCUCUCGGCUCAAGCUUCAACCUUCGAUCCCCCUUCCUUCUCCUCGGUCCCCUCCUUUGUUUUGUCCGUGGCCUUCUUCGCUGCCCUCUUUGCCAUUUUCUUCAGUCUCUUAGCGCUCUUCUGCGGCUUGGUGGCCUUCUUACUCUUGGUCAGGCUAGGGCCCUUGCUCUGCGCCCGGAAGGUCCUCCCCAGCGAGCUGGUGAUCUGCGAGAGGGGCAUGCCCAUCCGAAGAUGGGUGACCACGGAGUUGGCGUUCGCGCGGAAGGAGUCGAUGACGCGUUUGCCGAUAUUCUGGGUCACGUUCUUGUUUCGGAUGAAGGGGUCGACGACGCACAGAGGCGAGCUGGGGAACUUCGCGCGCAGUUUUGUCCGUUGCGGCUUGGGGGUCGCUGUGGCCUUGGGCUCCGGGUCGAUCGAUGCCGGAGUCGUGUUUUCAUCCUGUGGUACAUCGGCAUCCCCCGCUGAUGCGACCAUCUCCUUCUCGUGCGUUUCUAUCUGCUCAGCGAGGUCUUCGUCGACGGCCUCUGGUUGCAGAGACGAAGAGGUGGGCUUUGAUCGCCUCAUGUCCGCAUUCAUGAUCCCGCCUAGCUUGAUGUCGACAACAUCGUUGGCAUAGUCGUGCUCCCGCGCCCAAUACUGAAAGAACUCCGCGAGGUGUUGCUCAAUUGACUUCCCGCGGUAAUCCGCCGCCGGCGUCCAUCCCUCCGCAGGAUGCCUCCACCGCGUAUCGCACAUGAUCCUCGAUGACGUAGGCGAUUUAGUUCCCUUGCACCAAAACACCUCUCCCGGAGUCGUAGCGUCCUUGGGCAGCCGCGCGAAGCCCGCCUGCAGGUUCGGCGCAUACCCCUUGUGCU